UCAGGGCAUUAUUCAUUCAGCAUUUUUGACAUGAUUAAGAUAAUUUAAACAAGGAUGUAUUUCACAGUAUUUGGAUGAAUGUUAGAGUUAAUCUUAAUACAAUUAGCUGCUUGCUAUUGGCUGCUAUUUUAGUCAAAUACUUGUUUUAAAUAAGAGUUGGCAUUCAACAUAUACGGUAACAAUCUAUCCAGCUGUAAUUAUUUGGUUUUUUGGAUUUGUAUAAGAGCCGUGUCAGCAUGUUACUUGGAAUCUGAAGAACAGUAAGGAUCGCCACAGUGUGACAGAGCAAUUGAAAAGCUUGCCUGAAACAGACCUCUUUUAAUAGUGGCAGGUAACGAAGGUAGAGCACCUAGAUGUUGCUAACGGAAAAUUGGGGUGGCCUCUGAGACAAGGUCAGAGGUCAAGGACUACACUGACGUCACAAAUAGGCAAAUGAAUGAAUUACAAUUGCAGCUUCUGAUGGAAGCAUCAUGGUGAAAUAAGGAGAGCAGAUGAUUCUUCACAUGAAUCAUAGGGAUUUGCAAGAGACAUUUUCUCCCUCUUGUGGAUUAUUAUCACAGUCAUCUCUGCUGAGAAGAAAAGCAGAAGAUCAAUGUGAGUGUGAUUCAAAGGUUCAUGGCUACCGGACGAUGGUAAAUUAAUUUUCUGGAUGAUAUUGCUGCAAACCACUUUAAUUGGUGAUCAAUUAAAGGUGCAUGGACAAGCCUUUAAGGCUACACAGAAUUUUAAUUAUGUAUAUGUGUUAUUUGUUAACAGAAGGUACAAGAGAGAAUAAGUGACAGAGUGAGGCAGGAAAACGAAGUGGAGAGGAAGGCAUUUGAUUUUAGGGGAAAAGCCAGUCAGGCAGAUUAAAGGGAAAAUCUAGAAUACGGACAAAAUAACAACAAUCAGAACAAACGAUGUAUCAGUAACAGAGAGAGAGGCAGAUUUACUGGAAGAAGUGUGGCACAGAGAGAGUCCAGCCAACAGCUGGAGCUAAGCUAGAGUAAUGGGCUGUGCUCCUAGUAUCCAUGUCUCUCAAAGCGGAGUGAUCUACUGCAGAGACUCAGAUGAAUCAAACUCUCCACAUCAGACCACUACCAUCUCCCAAGGCACAGCAACAGUCCAUGGCUUCUUCAUCAAGACGGAUGCUGCCGAAUCGUUGCCCUCUGUGUUGGCAUACCAGAGUCGUGCAACACGUACCUCUUCACGCCGAGAGAAAAAAGAGAACAGCAACUGCAUUGAAGCUGAGACCCAAACCAGCCACACCAGUGUUAAGGUUGCUUCUACAGAAGUACGUUUUGGACCUAUGAGACUGAUACAAGAUCCUUUUCAGGUCUUGCUCGUCUUCGGUAAAGAGGAUAGUCAGAGUGAUGGCUUCUGGUGGGCAUGUGAUAAAGCUGGAUACAAAUGCAACAUCGCAAGGUCGCCAGAGUCUGCACUGGAUUACUUUCUGGAGAAACAUCAUGAAAUUAUUAUCAUUGACAACAGACACACCAAAUAUUUUGAUGCUGAAGCCCUUUGCAGGAUGUUACAUGGUCAAUGUGUGGUGGAAGAGGCAAUGCGAGCAAAGGAGAAAUGGGACAAGGAGGAUGUGCUUCGGUGUGAUGUUCUGCCUGCUAGAGAGUCUAAUAAUCAAGAGGAGACUUCUGUUUUGCCUCUUCUUAACGCUGGCUUUAACAGGCGCUACAUCGAGAAUCCCAAUAUAACCGCAUGCUACAAUGAAUUAAUUCAGCUGGAACAUGGAGAAGUCCGGUUACAGUUCAAACUGCGGGCUUGCAGUUCCAUAUUUGCAGCCCUGGAACACUGUCAGGAGGCCAUAGAGAUUACAAGUGAGGACCAUAUCAUUCAGUAUGUGAAUCCAGCAUUUGAACACAUGAUGGGUUAUCAGAGAGGGGAGUUGAUUGGCAAAGAGCUUACAGAACUACCCAAAAGUGACAAAAAUAAAGUUGAUCUUCUUGAUACAAUAAAUACAUGCAUCAAAAAAGGGAAGGAGUGGCAAGGAAUUUACUACGCAAGGCGGAAAGCAGGAGACAACAUCCAGCAGGAUGUUACAGUAACACCUGUGAUUGGUCAGGGAGGGAAAAUUAAGCACUUUGUGUCCAUCAAGAAAUUGUGUAGCGAUAGCAAUAAGCAGUACUUCUUCCAUCAGAACUACAAUGUGCAGAAUGAUGAGAAAUAUACAGAAGAAAAUUCUCAAUCAGAUUCACAGUCAUUGAAACAUAAAGAUAGACGAAAAGGCUCCAUUGAUGUCAGAUCAAUAACAUCAAAAAGAAGUGAUGCUGGAAGCUCACACAACCGGCGACAUUCCUCAAUGGCCAGAAUUCACUCUAUGACAAUUGAAGCUCCAAUUACAAAGGUCAUCAAUAUAAUUAACACUGCCCAGGAGAACAGUCCAGUAACAGUUGCAGAAGCCUUGGACAGAGUACUGGAAAUAUUAAGAACAACUGAACUCUACUCGCCACAGCUUGGUUCCAAAGAUGAUGAUCCCCACACCAGUAAUCUUGUUGGUGGCCUCAUGACUGAUGGAUUAAGAAGACUCUCUGGCAAUGAAUACAUUUUCUCCAAAACCUAUCGCCAAGUUGAGAAGACUGAGGCACCUCUCUGGACUUCUCUUGAUGGGCAGAUUGAAGAAGAACCAGACUUGCAGCAAAGUCACGGCCAUCUUGCCAUCCCAGUUUCCCUUGGUGAUGUACCACCUCGGGUGGCAGAAUUACUUGCUGAUGAAGAAAACUGGGACUUUAAUAUUUUUGAGCUGGAAGCUGUAACAAACAAGAGGCCCUUACUCUACCUUGGCUUAAAAAUCUUGACACAAUUUGGCAUAUGUGAUGUUUUAAACUGUUCAGAAAUCACUCUAAGAUCAUGGCUACAAAUAAUAGAAACCAAUUACCAUGCAUCAAAUUCAUACCACAAUUCAACACACGCAGCUGAUGUGUUGCAUGCCACAGCGUAUUUUCUUCGAAAGGAUCGAGUUAAGGCGAGUUUGGACAAGAUGGAUGAGGUGGCAACCCUGAUUGCAGCCACAGUACAUGAUGUGGACCACCCAGGUCGCACCAACUCCUUUCUGUGUAAUGCAGGAAGUGAGCUCGCAGUCCUCUACAAUGACACAGCAGUUCUGGAAAGUCACCAUGCAGCCCUGGCCUUCCAGCUUACAGCAGGAGACAAAAAGAGCAACAUUUUUAAGAACAUUGAAAGGAAUCAGUUUCGAACUUUGCGACAGGCAAUCAUUGACAUGGUUUUGGCAACAGAGAUGACAAAGCAUUUUGAACAUGUGAACAAAUUUGUGAACAGUAUCAAUAAAUCCAUGACAUCUCUGGAAGAAACCAGCUUAAAUAGUGAAAGCAGUGAUGGUGAAUGCCCUUCCAGUAUAAAAAAUGCAAUGGAGAACAGACUGCUCAUUAAACGCAUGUUGAUUAAAUGCGCUGAUGUUGCUAACCCUUGCCGUUCAAUCAAUCUGUGCAUUGAAUGGGCAGGGAGAAUUUCAGAAGAAUACUUUGCUCAGACAGAUGAGGAGAAAAGUCAAGGUCUCCCAGUUGUGAUGCCAGUCUUUGACAGGAAUACAUGCAGUAUUCCAAAAUCUCAGAUCUCAUUUAUCGACUAUUUUAUAAAUGAUAUGUUUGAUGCUUGGGACGCAUUUGCAAACCUGCCCAAUUUAAUACACCACUUAACUGAGAACUACAAGUACUGGAAAUCUUUAGAUGAAUCCAAUUAUAAAGGUCUACGACCACCUUCUGACCUUUAAAGGUGAAAGGACAUCUUUCUUGUCAACUUCAUUCUAACUUAUGACUCAAGCCAUUAAGAGAUUCUAUUUUAAUUCAAGUGACCAUGUUACAAUGUAAUAUAAAUCCUACAUAAAGCAGGAAAUACAGUAUGCAGGAAAAUUCAGUUCAUUCAGAAUCAUCAUAGCGGUGUCCCAUCAACAAAGAGAAUUGCACAGAUUUCUGAAUUUCAAGAUGGUCAUUUUCUUGUUCAAGAAGUUUUACUGCCAUUCCAGAAGUCAAUGGUCACACAGAGGAAAAGAACUUUUGUCAAGAGAAACAAAUGCAAAAAUCUUUGUUCCUAUAAUAAUUAACCUAAAGAUAUAAUUUUACAUGUGAUUAUGCCUUUGGUUUACCACAUUGUUUUUUCCUCUAAGUUGCAGAUUCGUGCAAGGAUUAGGGAAAUUUUUUUCUGUUAAUUUGACAGCAUUUCAGGUAAAUGACAUUUGCAGCAUUAAGGCAAGUGAUAAUAACAGUUUACAUAUUCUAUUAAUAUUUCUUAAGAAGGAAAAACCUUUCCCAGUGAAGUAACAAAUCCAUUCAACAAACUUUUGUGAGGUGGAAAUUAAUUGUCAUGUCAUUGUGUAUAUAUUGAAUUAAUAUUUUAAUCUAUAACUUUACCAAGAUCUUUUCUUCUACCUGCAACCAGAUUAAUGUGGUUAAAUUAAUUUUCUUAUCUAAAAUAUGUUAACUACGUCAAAUAUAUUUCCAUAUUUCACAAUAAUUCAUGUGGCAAUAAACACUAAUUACAUUUUUCCCACAUCAGUAUCCAGUGUAACAACCCCUAUCUGUGCUCUAUUGUUCUGAACAAGAGUUCUAAACACAGUCACAUGAUAGUCAUGGAUGAGGAAAAAUAUUUGUCUCAUCUUUCAUUCAGACGUGAUGUCCCCAAUUGUGCCACAUUAAAUAUUUUUAA